GCCAUGCUCUGGCUUCCCAGGGAGCUGGUCUCAGCGGCAUCCAAGCCCCUCACUGGCUGCCCUGCUCCCGGGGUACCCCUGAACCCAGAAACCUGGGGCUUGUGGGAGGGGAGGGAGUGUCUGCUUUGUUCCCGAGGGAGACCCUAGAAACGGCAGCAGGAUGGGUGGGCGGCCCUCGAGCCCCCUGGACAAGCGGCAGCAACAGCACUUGAGGGGCCAGGUGGACACCCUGCUGAGGAACUUCCUGCCCUGUUACCGGGAGCAGCUGGCAGCCUCUGUCCUGCGACAGAUCUCCCACGAGCUGGGGCCCAGGGAGCCAGCCGGAUGUCAGCUGAUGCGCAGUAAAAAGCUUCCCCAAGUCCGUGAGCACCGAGGGCCUCUGACCCAGCUUGAGGGCCAUCCGCCUCGGUGGCAGCCGAUCUUCUGUGUCCUGCGUGGGGACGGCCGCCUGGAGUGGUUCAGCCACAGGGAGGAAUAUGAAAAUGGGGGCCAUCCUCUGGGUUCCACGACCUUGACAGGGUAUACCGCCCUGACUUCCCAGCGUGAAUAUGUCCACCUGUUGGACACUCUCUGCCCAGUAUCCUCAGGAGAGCAUACACAGGAAGAGUCUGACCCCCUCCUGGAAAUGCCAGUGAACUUCCCCCUGUUCCUCCAGCACCCCUUCCGCCGGCAUCUGUGUUUCUCUGCAGCCACCGGAGAAGCACAGCGAGCCUGGAGGCUAGCCCUCCAGGGUGGCAUCCGGCUUCGUGGCACAGUCCUGCAGCGAAGUCAGGCCCCUGCCGCCCGUGCCUUCCUGGACGCCGUAAGACUCUAUCGGCAGCACCAAGGCCAUUUUGGCGACGACGACGUCACCCUGGGCUCGGACGCUGAGGUGCUGACCGGGGUGCUGAUGAGAGAGCUGCUGCCGGCGCUGCGAGCUCAGACCCUGCCCGGCCUGCGGGGGGCCAGGCGCAACCUUGCCUGUGCCUGGACGGAGCUCGUAGACGCAGUGCACGCCGCCGUCCUUGCCGAGGCCUCCGCCGGGCUCCGCGCCUUCCAGCCGGAAAAGGACGAGCUGCUCGCGGUCCUGGAGAAAACCAUCCGGCCCGACGUGGACCAGAUAUUGCGGCAGCGGGAGCGCUUGGCUGGGAGGCUGCGGGUCGAGGUCCAGCGCCCCCUGGAGGCGUGCCUGCACGGAAAGGUGGACACACAGCUGUCCCUGGUCACGCAGAAGCUGCUGAGCACCAUGGAAGCCGUUCUUUCAGCAGUGCAGAACCUCCUAGCUCAGGGCAUGGACCGCCUGUCUCGCCAUCUGCGUGGGAGCUCCUCUGGCACGCAGCUGCGCAAGGAGGUUUACUCAUUUGGGGAGAUGCCAUGGGACCCAGAGCUGAUGCAGACCUGCUACCGUGAGGCUGAGAGAAGCCAGGGGCGCCUGAGGCAGCUGGUGGUGCCAUUUGGCUUCUUUGGAACGCGGAGCCUGAUGUUUGGGGCCCAGGAUCUUGCCCAGCAGCUUAUGGCUGACGCCGUGGCCACCUUCCUACAACUGGCAGACCAGUGUCUGACCACGGCCCUGGACUGCACCCAGGCUGCCCAGCAGCUGGAGAAAGUCCGGGGGCGUGUGCUGAAGAAGUUCCAGUCAGACAGUGGCUCAGUGCAGAGGAAUUUUACCCGUGGGUGGCUGCUCUCCAUCUUCUUGCCCUUUGUGUUGCACCAGCUGGAGGGGAGCUGCACAGCGGAGCUGCUUGAGUUCGAAGGAGACGUCCUUGCUGUGGGUAGCCCAGCCCUGACCGUCAAGGGCAUCUAUAAAGACAUUGUCCAGGGGGUCCUGCUGCAGAGGAUCGAUGGAGAAUUGAAAAAGGCCCUUGGUGCCAGUGACAUGUCCUGCACUCCGGAUGGCUGCUCGGAGGCCCCAUGGGACCAGACAGGAGUAGGUGAGGACAUCACAAGCUCUUGGGUCAUGCCAGUGAAUUGUUGGGGAGUAGGGGGGCUUGGCAUGGGGUGGGAAGGAUGGUUGUUAGUGUGGAUUCCUGGGUGGAACAACAUAUACCUUAUCUCCUGACCCAGCCGGUUGGUCAAGCUCAUGGAGUUCUCAACACUGCAAGGGGAGACUGUGGUGAUGGGAGCCUUGGGGCCACUGCAAGCAAGGGCUGUACUAGGAGAUGGGUACAGGGAGCCAGGCUCAGGGCCAGGGCAGCCUGGCCUCCUGCUGCAGGAUCCUACAACAAACUCUUUGUUGGAGCAGUAAAUGCAUGUAGGGCUGUGGCUGAUGCUGCUGGCAGGGCAGGGAUCCUCAGUUCCAGUCGUGAGAUGGAAAUCCAUCAUGGGGACUUCCCUGAUAUGGGGCAGAAAACAGCUGGUCCACCUAGAAGCAGACCAGUGGGCAGGACAGCUGUAACCUGGUAGUUCAGAACCCAGGGCGGGUGCGGGAUUCUGGAACAGCUCACAGCUCAGUCCCCUUGAGUGUUGCUGUUGAACCCACCCAGCUGAGCGCCCCCAUACUAUUCACCCACAGAAAUUCUGAGAUAAUGUGUGUUGUUUUUAGCGGCUAACUUUGGGGUCAUUUGUUACGCAGCACUAGCUAACUGAUACUCUCAUACAUUGCUGAUCUGGCCUAGUUAUAGUGAUCAUAGUAGAUCACUGUAGACAAACUGAGGAGUAUACACAAGUGUGGGGAUAAAUGGAGAUUAAACUGUUUUAGAAAGACUUCUGGGGUCAGAAUAUUUGGGGAUUCAUGAGCGAGAAUGAAGGAUUGCAAACAGGCCCCUUAAUCCAUUUGACCAGAAUGUACCCAGUGAUGGCCAUUUUACUUCUAGUCUCCCAACUAACUGUUAGUGCUACAGGGAAUGACCUUGUACAUACUUUCCAGGAAUGUGCAGGUCUCUGUGGGUAAAUCUCCCAGUGUGAAAUCUCAGUUUUGAGCCUUUGUGUUUGGCAUUUUAACAGCAGUUUCCAGAGCACUCUCCACCCAGCUGGUCCCACCUGGUGCCCCUCACCCAUGUGCAGGUGGCCCAUUUCCCCAGCAGCACAGGCUACCAGCUGACUCAGGAUUUCUCAGAUCUUCUGAGUGAAUAAUGGUGUCUUGGCAUCAUUUUUACAAGCAUGUCUUGUUGGAGAUGAGAUUAAGCAUCUUUUUGUGUGUUUAAGAACUAUUUUAGCUUCUUUUCUGUGAAACUUUGUUCCUCUCAUUGGCCCACGAAUCUCCUGGGUGCUUGUCAUUUUCUGCUCAGUUUCUUUUACUAGGGCUUCCAUGUCCAGAGCAUUUACUUUGUGUCAGGCAUUUGAUAUGUUUUUGCCUCCUGAUGAUACUUUCUAUU